AUGGUACAACAGGGUUCGACUUAUCGGUUGGAUCUCUCUCCCGAACUUCGCAAAAGAGGUAUAGCGGAUGCAUUCCAUGCUUCGCUGUUACGGAUCCACCUACCGAAUGAUGACCGUAGAUUUCCCGGGAGACAGCUUCACCAGCUCCCAGGGUUUGGCGAGAACCCAAAGGAGUGGGCCGUUGACCGGAUUUUGUCACACUCGGGAAAGGGACGUGCCACCCUGUUCGAGCUCCAGUGGAAAACUGGAGAUGUGACA